AUGGAGAAACAGCAGCAGCAGCAGCAGCAGCAGCAACAACAACAACAACAACAACAAAAAGAACCUUCCUUCAUACCAGUUCGUCGGGAUAAACGUAAUUUGGAACAAAAGCAUCGGGAUUUGGUCUCAAACCUUCAACGUAAUUACCGGCCAACCAGUCCGAAUGCAAAACCGAAACAAUCGGGAGAACAAUCCCUGCAUCCGGAAUGGUCAAAUGAGGUGAACAAAUGGAUUGAUUCCACGAACCGUCUAUGGUCCGAUGUGAUGCGCCGAAUGCGUCAAAAUGCGUUUGUGCUAGUGCCUGCACAAUCCAGCGAUUUGGAACCACUGUCUAUCAUCAAUACUGAUCCCGACUCAAUGGAUUAUUUGGAAGCCAUUUUGUCCUGUAUGGAUAACCAAACGAAUGCACUGCGCCGACAGAUGUCUCAACGUUCUCCUGUUCAACCGCAAUGUAUGCUCACAUACAACAAGCCAGAAGACGAACUGUUUGGUCCCAUUGUUCCACAAGGUGGCCUACAUGGUGGACCAUUGGGCUAUCUGAAAGACGCAUUCCAAAUGGGUGAGGACGGGAAGGUGAAAUUUCAUUUGCAGUUUGAUGUUCGCGGAUAUGAACCGGAACAUAUUCAAGUCAAAAUGGAAAAGCACUGGCUAACUGUGCAUGCAAAGAAGAGUGUGAAAACCGCGGAGAGGCGUAGUUCGAGUGAAUUUUGUCGAACGGUCUACGUGCCGGAUACGGUUGAUGAAGAUCACUUCGAGUGCCUGAUGACUGACGAUGGUGUUUUAAUUCUCGAAGCGCCGGUGAAACUGGACAAUUAUAAACAAAUCGAGUUUGAUCGUGAUUUACAACUCGGAAUCAAACCGAGUAAACCCGGUCCAGUCAUACGGGAGGGUGGCCCCACGAAGCGACUUCUGCACGUGGAAAUCCCUGUUGAGCCCGGUUAUAAAGCAGACGACCUAUCGGUACUUGUAGAUGCGAACCGGUUGCUAGUCACUGGGCGUCAUGAGGUGAAAGAGGACACAGAACAUUUCCAGGGCUCUUGUGUGCGACAGUUCACACGUUCAUAUUCGGUACCUGAGACGGUGGAUCCGUUGUCGAUGGCCACUGAGCUCCAUGGGAACACACUUGUGGUGGAAGCACCUUUGCUGAAGUCCAAAUAA